GUCCUAUAUCUUCUUUUGUUAUUUCUAUAUCCUUCCUAUAUUCAUUGUCUCUUCAUUUUGGUAUUUUUUCCAUUUGUUAUUCUCUUUGGCCACGAAAAAAUUUUUCAAAAAAAUAAUGUAAUUAUUAUUAAUAUUCUCUUUAUUAUUAUAUUGUCAUAUAUGUCUUUUAAUCCUACAAAAAAUACAAUAGUUUUUUAA